AUGUAUUACUUCAAUCUUGCACUUGCCAUCACCGCAACGCUGUUGCCUGGCAGACCGCUUCCCCCUCAAUCGUUCAACCAGGCCUUCAAAACCUGCUUCUUUGUCUCCGCUUCCAACUGGACCAUCGUCCCGCAAAAGAUCAAGAACCGGAUUGCCUACUGGUCCGGCUCCGAAGACUCGAUCGUCCGCGAGCUCUCGGCCCAGUUUGUCCACCUCAAGCGCGCCACCCAGUCUGACAUUGCCCAACAACCAAGGGCAACAGAAGUACGGGAGAAGGCAUUUGGCCUGCCACUCCAACAAGCUCGCCCAUCGUCAAUUCCGGUCAAACGGCUGCUGGGACAGACUGUUCAUGACAGCUUGGACGAGCUCAAGGAUCCUUAUAUCCUCUCAACUCUUCUGCGCUCCGCCAAUCGCCCCAAGGAGCUCAUCAAGCGUCCUCAAGUCUCACAGCACGAGUUGCUCCGCUCAAUCAAAUUAUCUUGUUGGUCCAAGGGUCAGCUCAUCCAUCGCACACAGCCCGACGGACCCAACCAGCCCAUGAGCUCAUCGGAGUUCCACGAGCUUCUCCCAAGCCAGGCCUGCAAGCCGUUGCUUUGGAGGACCGGACUGAUUCUCUUCUAG